UUUAAAAAAGUACAUGAUCAUGUGAAGAGUGGAAAUCAUCUGUUUCCAAUACACAUCAUUUAAAAUUUACACAUUAGCUUUCACAAUUGAGUAACAACGUUAAAAUGCUUUUCAUGUAUUCUGUCAAAUGUCUUUUUUGUGUUGCCAUUCCCAGGUCUGCAUUUUUCAGAAAAAAGAAUGAGAAAUCAAAGCCCUGAAUCCAACAUUAGCCUCGUGUGCACCUUUGCUUCUCCUCUAUGUUCACGAGUGACCAAGAGCUUCAUUAUGGAAGGGACAAUGCAGCAUCCUCGUUCUCCUUAUCCGUGGUUUCUUUAUUGGAAUGACUCAGAGGAUCCUAACACAAUAUGGAGGCUUCCAGAGCUUUCGGCAGCAACGCUAUGGAGUCACCAACGUGGUUGGUACCACACAAAAACUGAAAAUGCUACCAAACUAUUUCUUUUGAAUCUAUCUAAUUUCGCACUGAUUGAGCUCCCUCUCCUUGAACACAAGAAAAUUAUCAUUCGUGAUUGCAUUUUGAUAUCAUCUCCAACUGCAACUGAACAAGUUGGUUCUAUAUUUUUAUUCUCUGAUUCACCUCCAACUUCAAUAUUCUACUGGUAUCUUGGGGAUGAGCAAUGGACUCAAGUGGACUAUAAAGAGCAACUAACCGAGGUUGAAGGAUUUGAGGUAGACAAUAUCGAACUUCACAGCCCAUUUUACUACAAUGGUUGCUUAUAUGCGGAGUCAGUUUUUAAGCCUCUUCUAGUAGAAAUCAAGAAACUUGAACCCAGCGGUCUCAAAAUAAACUCCUCUGAUAUUUUCUUCCCAAAAUUUCCAAGAACUAUCAUUGGCCAAAUAUCCCGGAUGUUGGAAUCAAACAAAGAGCUCUUUCGAAUUGAAAUUUUGCAUUCACAUGACAAGGUUAUUGCCGUUGAUGUUCACAAAUUAGAUUUUCCUAGAAGGGUGUGGCUUAAGGUGGAAAGCAUUAAAGAAAGAGCGUUUUUUAUAUCCGAGAGUUGCUCAUCAUUUGUUUGUGAAGCAAUCAAUCCUGAAAUUGAAGGUGGAUGUGUAUAUGUCUCUUUUGAAAUACACAAUUUUGUCUAUAUUUACAACAUUGAAGACAAAAGCCUAAUGGUGUCUCGACCUUUCUUAAAUUUACCAGAAGAGGAGUCUCAGUCAUCCUCUCCCCCAUCAUGGUUGUUGUCAAAUUUGAGGAUGACUCGAACAAGUGAAAAAGAAAGUGGUGAUAAAAUUCAUUCAAAGAAGACAGAGUGCACAAUCACUUAUGAGGAAUUUGGACUUCCUCAAGACAUGGUUGAAGCGAUUGCAAAAUGGAUUAAGAUUGGAAUUGAUUAUUUACAUGUUCGUGCUACUAAUAGAUUGUUCCAUUCAUCAAUCCCGCCAAUGCAAUGGAGAUCAUCAUCUGCCAUAUCAAUGUCAAGGUUUGAUCAUCUUUCAAUGUCUCCAUUAUUUGUCUACUUUGAGAAAGACAAUGUCUUAACUUUUGUGCAUCCAAAGAAUGGGCUCAAGUACAAGUACAACAAAAAUUUGACAAUGGACCUCCAACCAUAUUGUGAAAUUUGCUAUUCAAAAGCUGGUUGGCUACUAAUUGCAGUAAACAAGCGUUAUUCAUUUUUCUUUAAUCCCUUUGCAAAAGAACAAGAGAUACGGCCACUUCCAUAUGCAUCAGUUGGUUACUUCUUGAAUACUCGGUGUAUGGCCUUUUCUCAUCCACCAACCUCUUCUGAAUGUGCGAUUGUUGCACUUGAAUGGAUGCCACCAUUUGAAAAUGACCAAUUGACGGUAAAUAUCACUUACCCCGGGAAAGACGAAUGGAGCGACUCCACUUUUGGUGUCUUUGGAUUUCCACUCUACAACAAUAGCCCUGUUUUUCAUAACAGGGCUUUUUAUUAUUUUAAUGAAAAAGGAAAGAUGGGAGUCUUAAAAGGAGGAGGAGCAGAAGGGGUAGGUGAAGGGGAAUGGGAAGAAGUAAGUUUGGAUGAACUUGAUAAGCCUGAUGCUCCAUUCACCAACUACUACAACAAUUUCCUAGUAGAAUGCAAUGGCAAUCUCUUAUCAGUAUUUGAGGGUCAUUUUGGAAAGUAUGUUCGAGUUUUCAAGUUGAAUGAAUCUGAAAUGACAUGGAUCGAAGUUGAAAAUCUGGAAAAUCACAUGUUUUUUGUUGGUCAUACAUCAUUUUCUGCAGUGGCACAUGUUCCAGGAAUGGAAAACAAAAUAUAUUUUCCUAGAUUUUAUGGUGGAAACAUCGUGUUUUAUUCAUUAGACACAAACAACUACCAUACAUUUGAAAGCAAUGAAGUUGUGGAUUUUCACUGUAUGGAAGAGAAAGUCAAUUGCAGUUGGAUUGAGCCAAGAUGAAGUUGAGUUGAAAUUGUAGUUAGGUAUGAUAACUUGUUUAGCAUUAAAAGACUUUCUUAUCUUAUAUUUCAUUAAAGGAUGUUAGAUUGGAUUGUGUUAGAUUGGAUUGUGUUUAUUUUGGUUGUCCUUAAUUUGUAAGAUGUUUUAUGCAAUUGAGAAAGAUUGUUUCUCAAUGCCAUUCAUUUUAAAAGGCUUAUCCCUUUUAAUGUGAG